GUAUUGGUGAAGAAAUAGGCUGUAGUAGCCUACAUUUUCACCCUUUUUCGUCUCAAGGCAUGGGUUGCAAACUUGACCUUAAACAAAGAUCGACUUCUAUCGCUAGAUGUCCCACUAGUCGUGACGUCUGACGUGUUCAUGCGAGGUUGUGACUUGGCGAUCAUCAUAACAGAAAUGGCUGAUGGAGGAAGCGUGGUCCACAGUGAAGUCCUCACUGAGGCUCUUCACAAUUUCGUCAAAGUCGUAAGACCUAUGUUGGAAGAUGCGGAAAGGGCAACUGCAACAGGUUCUCUGCCAGACGCGGCAAACAAAAUGAUGUCAUUGUUUGGAAUAAUUGCUGCAGGUGCUAACCUCUAUACGAGCCUCUCUGUGAAUAAAAGGAGUGAAGCGGAAGACCUGUGGAAACCUCUUUACCAAAUCGCAGGUGUACGAGAUGCUGUUGAAGACUUUCUGGAGUUGGAGGUUGAGUGGGAUGCCUUUCUUGAAAGUCUGGAUUCCAGGCUGCAGAUGAGUGAUAAACUCCUGGCAUGUACUUCUCCAGUGGAAAGACUGAGCGCUGACAUAAAGCUCACAGAUGCCAGGACUGGAGAGGAAGUGACCGUGGGUCGUUACUAUGGGAAAGCAGAAAAUCUACUGCUGGUCUUGAUCCGGCACUUAGGAUGACUUCCGUGACGAGACCACGUGGCUGAGAUCGAAGGCCAGAAGAGCCUUUUUGAAGCUCGGUCCAUUAAAGUGGUGGUGGUCUCGUUUGGAUGUGUGGAGGGGGCCAAGGUUUGGCUGGAGCAGACGGGGUGCACAUUGGACAUGCUGCUGGACCCUCAGAGACAGAUCUACAAAACAUUCGGUCUGGGAAGGUCAUAUGCAAAAGCGACAAAAUUCGACUGCAUGCUUAGGUACUCGGAAUAUAUCAUACUCCAGCGACAGUUCCCAGACCUUCCCCCACAGUUUAUAGAUGAUGUCUAUCAGCUAGGUGGAGACUUUCUGCUGGAUGAUGGAGGUAAAGUGAUCCUCUCUCACCCCAGCAAAGACCCACUUGACAGACCACAGAUAGGAGAUGUCCUAGCAAAAAUCCCCUCUUGAUCUCCUAAGAAUAAUCACCUGAGUGUUGGAGAUGGUCCCUGCAGAGGACUGUCUGGCCAGCCUUGUCUGAAUGAUGAUAUGACCCAAACUCAUAGAACAUGAAGGGUUGUGUCUGAUGUGAGUGAACAAGACUGGGCAGACUUGUCCUCUGGAUUCAGGCACCAUCUCUGACAUUCCAGUUGAUUUCAUGUGCUCUCCAACCUAGCAUGUGUGUUGGUUUACUUACCAGUGAAUAAUGUUUUUCUUUUAUAUAUCCAGUAAUCAAUAGAACAGAUCGAUUUGGUACAUUAAUUUCAAAGGGUUUCCACAGGCCAUGGAAUUUCUGGAAUGUCAUGGAUUUUGAUAGGUAGAUAGAUAGAUAGAUAGGUACUUUAUUGAUCCCCAAGGGGAAAUUCAAGAAUGAUGUCUAUUCAAGAAAGGGAAUUAUAUAAUUUUGGGGCCAAAGUCAGGGAAUUUUUGUUGUAGCAGUUUAAACAUUGGUGUUAAUCGAAUUAGAGUUGAGUGUUUGGGGUUAGCCUUAUUUUUCUUUUUCAAUGCCGAUUUAUUAAUUUCCCAAAGGGUCAUGCAAAUUCAGGAUUUCUGUCAGGGAAAUGUCAUGUAAUUUUACGUCUGGCGUAGAGUGAGAACCCUGAUUUUACAGGGAGGCUACACCAACUGUAACUGAAGCACUGAAGCACUGAAGCUAGUUUAGAAAUCGGGUCUAUUUUAUUUGAAUGGACGCACCACUAUCACAUCUGGUGUAGCCAGUUCCAUUGAUCAUAGUGGAAGCUAGUUGUUGUAGCAGACACUAUGCGAACGAAACGCUUCUGAUACAUGCCCAGUGCUGUAGCCUCCCUGUUAGUUAUAUAGACAAAUCAAUGCAAUGUUUGAUUAGUUGUAUGGUCAGACUUGUUUAUUAUCACUUUGUGUACUGAUAAUAUCUCACCUCACCAAAAUAAUAAGCUACAUAAUAAUCUUAACGAUUUUUCUUGAAAUCACAAUUAAUUUUCAUUAGUGAUCUACUCUCUACUCAGCUGUUAUUAAUAACCUUAAAUAUAUACAUUUAGGCAUACAAUCAUUCAGCUUCAACAAGGAUAAUGUUCAGAAUAUCAAUCACUAAUUGCACUAUAAUAUGGAAUCACUGUGCGUAAUUGUUUUACAGUACAAAGUGAAAAAUAAAUAUGUUUUAUAACCCAAAACUCACUCUAUGCAUUCUACUCUGAAAUAAAUGUCCUUUUUAAAAA